ACAGAGACCAAAAUAAUUGUUCACUGGGAGGGUAUAAGCAAGUAUGAGAGAUCUAUCAAAGAGGAGAAGGUAAACUAACAACUGAUCGUUUUAAAGGCUUAACGUAUUAAAAUCCAGUCAGAGCAUUGAUAUACCCGAGUGACAAAAUUCACCAUGGGAACCUUGAACACUCAGUCGCUUACCGCACCUGUCGGAAUUAUCCGGCUUUUCGAAUUCGUGCUGACCUGCAUCACUUUCAGUCUGGCGGCAUCUCAGGGCCACAGUACUUCUUCAUACUGGGCCUGGUGUAUGUUCACCUGGUGCUUCUGCUGUUUCAUGACCCUCCUCAUCAUCAUCCUGGAGUUGACCAACCUCAGCGCCAAGGUGCCCAUCUCCUGGGAGGACUUCACAGCAGCGUUUGCGAUGCUGGCCACCCUAAUGGUCCUGGCGGCCUCGGUCAUCUACCCCAGGUUUUUCGUGUGCUCGACGUGUGGACGUGGGAUCGCGGCUACGGUGAUCUCUUGUCUGUCCUUCAUCCUGUACGCUGUGGAAGUGGGCCUAACCCGAGCGAAACCCGGGGAGAUCAGCGGGUUCCUGUCCACUGUGCCGGGCUUGCUGAAGGUUCUGGAGGCGUUUGUCGCCUGCAUCAUCUUCAUCUCUCUGGACUCGGACCGUUACAGCAGGUAUCCUGGGAUGCAGUGGUGCGUGGCUGUCUAUUCCAUCUGCUUCAUCAUUGCUCUCCUCAUCAUCCUCCUGACCAUCUGUAGGUUGUUGAAUAAAUGCCCCUUUCCGUUUGAUAAGUGUCUCACGGGGUACAACGUGCUGGCGGUUUUGAUGUACAUGACGGCAGUGGUCGUAUGGCCGAUCUACAGCUUCCAGGACAACCCAAGACCUGCAAACUGCCAUUAUUGCAGUUGGGACAACCUGGUCGUUGUGUCGUUCAUGACCUGCGUUAAUCUUAUCGUUUACAUUGUGGAUACAUUUUACUCCGUGCGUUUGGUCUUCUUUGUUUCGCCUGCCUAGGAAAAGGACGAUGCAAGUUAACCAAUCUAUUGCAGCAGGCAGGAAGUAAAGUUUUUAUUUUAAGCGUAUGAAUUGUUUUAUACAAGAUUACAUUACAAACUGAAUGUUGUUUCAUAUCGAUGCAUUUUGGGGGAAAAUGUGUGUUUAAAGAAUGGUUAUAUAUGUCUGAUGUGCCAUGUUGCCUGUGAAUCAGCUAUUUGGAUAAUGAGUAAAUGCUUUUUGUGGUGAACUAAUAAUUUUUUUUCAAGAAGUUAUGAACAUAUCAACAAUAUUGUUAAAAGUCGCUAUUUUGUUGCCGUGUUAAUACAGAUCUUUGACCUUCCUUGUAUCAUUAUAUACAAAAUGAGAUAUUUUGAAGAAUUUAGAAAAAAACAGUUCUGGAGCACCUAUGACUACUAUUUAAUUUUCCCUACUAGUCAAUGAUGUUUCAGAACUGAAAAUUGCUUUCUCUGUGUUUAUCAGAACAAAGUAAUUUAUACAGGUAUGAGGGUGAGUAAAUGAUGACUUCAUUUUUUCAGAGUUUUCAUUUUUGGGUGAACUAUCCCUUUAUUGAUUGAGUAACGCCACGUCAAAAAGUGAAAUUAAUGAUUGAAAUCAAACUUUGAUACAGGUUACUUUAAUCUGGAUUUCACAGACGGGGGUCAAUUUUGCGACAUAAGUACAAAUAAGGCAUGAAACCAUCCCUCCUUGUUUUUUGUGUCAGAUGUGGAAGUAACUGAUGGAAGAAUAAAGUGGUGUAUCAUCAGCUUUUACUUUUGGUCUUCUAAUAUAGUGCACCACCACCAACAUGGUUGUAAAAACAUGACAGACUAUUAAAACGCCAAUAUUGCAUUGAUGGAUUGAAGGAUGAUCUGUUAAUGUUUCUUUUAAAGCAUGACAGAAAUACUUGGGCACUGUGGGACCAUUUCAUUUUUUUAAUAAAAAUAAAACACAAUUUAAUUUUUGUAUUGUAUUUAUUUGGAAAGGGACCAGAUGCAUUAUUUAAAAUGUUACAUUAAAUGCUUUGUACUGGAUUUGACCUAAUGUUUAUCCACAGUCCCCUGGCAGGUGUCCAUUAACAACCUCCCACAGAAACAAUUCAUGCUUCAACAUGAUACUGUGUAGUUAAAUGAAAACCAAAGGUGAUUAACGAUAAACACUUAAACUGGAUAAUUCUAUUGAGUGACAACAAAGAAGGAAUCCAUCCUCAUCUGGUCUUUUUAGAGAUAAAUAUCCUGUAUUUAAAUUGAAACUUACUGCCUGAUGUGAAAACAAUCUAAUUACAAUGUAACCUUUAUUUGUUCAGUGCCGUCAACUUCCUGUGGGACUGAACGUUUCCUGAGGUGUGGCAGAAGUGAACUUUAUUUAGGGGAAAUUUUCACCCUGGAAUUGACAAUGAGAUGCAUUUUUAUCUUUAUGAGGACAUUUUUAUUACCAUGCCAAAUUACACAACAUAUUGGUUCAAAUGAAUGCCAUUGGAAUAAACAUAUUUUAUUACCAAUAAAAUGAUACCAACUACAAAACUAAACUGACAGGUCACUUUUGUGUCUGU